AUGUUGGAGGAGAUUGAGCAGAAUUUCUCAGCAGAAGCAGGACCACCUCGUGAGGAACUGUCUGUUGAAAGGCAGCUGCCAGUCUUGAUUUUCAACCUGACACUCGCUCUUCGGGCGGUGGCUUCGGGCCGGAGCGCCACGCAGGCUGUAGUUGACGAUUGGCUGGGAAGCUACAAGAAGGAGCAGGAGUCUGGCUUCCUGGAGCUGUUCAACUUUCUUGUUCGCUCCUGUGGCUGCAGAGGUGUAGUGACCAUAGAGAUGCUCAGAGGACUCCAGAACUCAGAGAUCAUCCAGCAGCUGACAGAAUCCUUUGAUGAGGAGUCAGCUGAGUACCCGCUAUCCCUAAGCACCCCAGCAUGGCGACGGUUCCAGAUGGGUUUCUGUGAACUGAUGACAGUUCUUGUGCACCGUGCCCAGUAUGGUGUCAUCUAUGAUGGGUUUUUAAUGGACAGUCUCAUUGCUCUGCUGACUGGCAUGUCUGACUCUCAAGUUCGCGCCUUCCGCCACACCAGCACCUUGGCAGCCAUGAAACUGAUGACUGGCCUCGUGCACGUGGCUCUGAGCGUCAGCAUGCAGAAAGAGAACUGUCAGCGGCAGUAUGAGGCCGAGCGGGCCAAGGGACUAAGCCGGAGGGCCCCGGAAAAGCUGGAAGGGUUGUUGGAGCAGCGCAAGGAGUUCCAGGAGAAGCAGCAGGAGCUUGAGAGUUUGAUGAAUGCUGUCUUCAAGGGAGUCUUUGUUCAUCGCUAUCGGGACCUUGUACCUGAGAUCCGUGCCAUUUGCAUUGAAGAGAUGGGUCAGUGGAUCCAGCAUUACAGCAAUUCUUUCCUGACUGAUGGCUACCUCAAGUAUAUUGGUUGGACGCUCUAUGACAAGCAGGGGGAGGUUCGGCUCAAGUGCUUGCUGGCUCUGCAUGGACUCUAUUGCAGCCAGGAAACGGCAUCCCGGAUGGAACUCUUUACAAGCCGCUUCAAGGAGCGGAUGGUCUCCAUGGUCCUUGAUAAGGAGCCCCAGGUGGCUGUGGAAGCUGUCAGGCUGCUCACCUUAAUUCUUCAGAAUAUGGGUGAUGUGCUCACGGACUCUGACUGCGAAAACGUCUUUCCGCUUGUGUUUGCUUCCAGCCGGCCCAUAGCUGCUGCUGCUGGCGAAUUCUUAUAUAAGAAGUUGCUUGUGCCCACAGCAUGCACCAAGAUAGAGGAGCGCCACCAGAGCAGCCAGGUCUUCCUUCAGUCGCUCCUUCUCUUCUUCAUUGAAAGUGAGUUCCAUGACCACAUGACCUAUUUGGUAGACAGCCUGUGGGACUGUGCUGCUGCUCUGCUGAAGGACUGGCCAGUGAUGACCGGGCUGUUGCUGGACGAGCUUCCCGCGGAGGGCUUGGAUGACCAACAGGAAAGUGCCCUUGUUCUGCUCCUGGUGGCCAGCAUAAGACAGGCCACGGAGGGAUACCCGCCUGUCGGCAGGGUCUCUGGAAAGAAGGUGCUCUCUGCUAGGGAGCGCAAAGUGCACGCCGAGGACCGUCUGAGACUCACCCAGCACCUCAUUCCACUGCUGCCCCAGCUGUUGGCUAAGUUCUCGGCCGAUGCAGAGAAAGUGGUACCUCUUCUGGAGGCUGUCUGCUAUUUGGACCUGACCCUUUACAGCACAGGCCGGCUGGAGAAGUACUUAGAACUGCUGCUGACUCAGCUAUGGGAAGUAGUGGACAAGCACACCGACUCCGAGGUGCUACAGGCAGCUUCCCGGACUCUUCACGUGCUCUGCUGUCCGGAAUUUGCAUUCUACAGCCGAGCAGAUUUUGCUCGCAGCCGCCUCGUGGACCAUCUGGCGGACAAGUUCCAAUUCAAAGUCACCGAACUGCUCCAGUCUUCAUUUCUGGAGCAGGAGGAGGCAUAUAGCGUGGCCACCACCCUCAAGCGCAUUGCCAUCUUCCACAGUGCUCACGACCUGACUCCAUGGCGCUUCCUUGAGCCUUGCGUCCGCCUCCUGCACCACAGAGUGGACACUGGCGAGGUCCCGACAGAGGUGGUGGUCUCUGCUAUGACCUGCGCACACUUCUCAUUGCUCUGGGAACUGGCACUCUUGCAUGCGGACAAAGGCCCCCUUUCCUCUGAGCAGCAGCUCAGCAACCUCCAGGAGAAAGUCGCCACAUUUUUCUCCCUCUGUCAGAGCUGCCUGGUGGACAUGGACCCUCGUGUCCAGGAGCAGGCCUUUGUGCUCCUUAGUGAUCUGCUCCUGAUCUUUGGGCCCCAGCUGGCCCAGGGAGGGCGCCAGGAGCUGCAGGCGCUCAUGCACCGGGCGGAGCCGUCUCUGCAGUUGCAGCUGGCUGGCUUCCUCAUGGACCGUGUCUUCAACCACAGCCAGGACCAAGAAGGUGAAGAUGAGAUGGUCCAGAUUGAGCAGCUACACCAGCGCCGCCGUCUCUUGGCUGGAUUCUGCAAACUCAUCAUCUACGGAGUCCUGGAUCUGAGCGCUGCCUCUGAUGUGUUCAAGUACUACUCCAAGUUCUACAGUGAUUACGGGGACAUCAUCAAGGAAACCCUGAAUCGGGCCCGCCAGAUUGACCGUAAUGAAUGGGCUCGCACGUUGCUUCUGUCUCUCCAGCAGUUGUGGACGCAGCUGCUCAUGGAACAGGGACCGGGAGGUGUGGACUCUGCAGCCUUCCUGGAAAUCCGUGACUUGGCUCGACGAUUCUCUUUGCUCUUUGGGUUACACCAGCUGCCGAACCGCUCGGCCCUCGUUGCCCUGCACAAGACCGGGAUAAAGUUUGCCUUCCAGGACCCAGCCUCCCCCAGCUCUGCUCUGGGCCUCGUCAACCUACCCCUCUUGGAGCUGCUGAGUGAAUUCUCCCCAAGACUGCUGGAUCCAGACAAAGCUCUGUUGCUGGCCUAUCUGAAGAAGACCCGUCAGGUUUACCUUCCCUCUGGGAACAGCAAGCCACCCAGCUGGACGUCCUUCCUGCUCUACCAGCGUUCCUUGAGUUCCCCAGAAGACACCGAUCCACAGCCCUUGGAUUCAGAAGUUAAGCAGAGGCCCAGAUCAGCCCCCAAGAGGAGGAGGCGCCACCUGGAUGAGUCCUCUGAGGCCAGGAGCGACAAGGCCAGCCGCCCCUCCAGCGCUAUCAGCCACCUGCAGCUCCCUCUGCUCUCCUCUACUGUCCUGAGGAAGAAACUCCCACCUCCCACCUUUCAACUGGGGCAGGAGGAGUCGGGCUCCGAAUCAGAGUUUGUGCAGAGCCAACCGUGGCUGGACUCUCCGUCGUCCCGUGGUGCUUUCCACAGCCCCCAGCAGCAGGACCAUGAUGACAAGGCCAGCCUCUCCACCAGCACCAGCAGCUCCCCACAUCCUGGCCUCAGGGGGAAGCCUCUGCCUUCAGCCGCUCGGCUGGGACGGCAAGAGUCUGGCUCAGAGUCGGAGUUUGUACAGAGGCCCCAAUCCGCACAAGCUGGAGAGACAGCAAUGAAGGCACCAGAGACCAGUGAGGAAGAAGAGGAAGGAUUGGGCUCUGGGCCAGGUGAUGAUGGAACAUGGAAGAAAGGAGCCCCGUGAGGUGGAUUUAUGGGAGGCAGGCCAG